AGGCGGCAGGCGAAGGCGGGCGAGGGAGAGGGGGGGGAUGCGGCGGCAGCUCGGCGGCAUGCGCUGCCCGCUCUCGCCUCUUCCCGCGUCGGACUGAGUCGGCCCCGCGCUGGGUCCCUCCCUGGCGGCGGCACCUGCUGCCGGCAGGCGCCGGGCCGCAUGAACAAUAGACGGCGGUACCGGCCCCGCCGUCCCCCGCAGCGCCUGGCUGCCGCGGGCGCCUCCCCCUAUGGAGCAGUCUCGCUAUGGAGCCUCUCACAGAGCUCAGCCAAGAGGGCGCGGGCGGCGGGGAGCCGCCGGGCGGCGGGCCGCUUUGGACCGCUGUCUUCGAGUACGAGGCGUGCGGCGAGGACGAGCUGAGCCUGCGGCCGGGGGACGUGGUGCAGGUGCUGUCCCGGGACUCGCACGUGUCCGGCGAUGAGGGCUGGUGGACGGGCAAGAUCGAUCAGCGUGUCGGUAUCUUCCCCAGCAACUACGUGAGCAGCAGCGUGCAGGGUGCUGGCCCAGAGCUGCGGACCCGUUACCCGCCGCCUCCCGCCAUACAGCUCCUGGAGAUCGACUUCUCAGAGCUUGUUCUGGAGGAAAUCAUUGGCAUAGGGGGCUUUGGAAAAGUGUAUCGAGCUGUGUGGAUAGGAGAUGAGGUUGCUGUCAAGGCAGCUCGCUAUGACCCUGAUGAGGACAUCAGCCAGACCAUUGAGAAUGUCCGCCAAGAGGCCAAGCUCUUUGCCAUGUUAAAGCAUCCCAACAUCAUUGCCCUCAGGGGUGUGUGUUUGAAGGAACCUAAUCUUUGUUUGAUCAUGGAGUUUGCCCGUGGAGGAUCGCUAAAUAGAGUGUUGUCUGGUAAAAGGAUACCUCCUGACAUACUGGUGAACUGGGCAGUACAGAUUGCAAGGGGAAUGAACUACCUCCACGAGGAAGCAAUUGUUCCCAUAAUUCACCGUGACCUGAAGUCCAGCAACAUACUGAUACUCGAAAAGGUGGAAAAUGGAGAUCUGAGCAACAAGAUAUUGAAGAUCACGGAUUUCGGCCUGGCCAGGGAGUGGCAUAAAACCACCAAAAUGAGUGCAGCUGGGACAUAUGCCUGGAUGGCUCCUGAGGUCAUCCGCUCCUCCAUGUUCUCCAAGGGCAGCGAUGUCUGGAGUUACGGCGUGCUGCUUUGGGAACUGCUAACAGGAGAAGUGCCAUUCCGAGGCAUCGAUGGGCUUGCCGUAGCAUAUGGUGUUGCCAUGAAUAAACUGGCCCUACCCAUCCCUUCCACGUGUCCAGAGCCUUUUGCCAAACUCAUGGAAGAUUGUUGGAACCCCGACCCACACUCACGACCUUCUUUUGCCAGUAUCCUAGACCAUCUCACUGCCAUAGAAGAGUCUGGUUUCUUUGAAAUGCCCAAAGAUUCCUUCCACUCCCUGCAGGAAGACUGGAAACAAGAGAUCCAAGAGAUGUUUGAUCAGCUCAGAGCCAAAGAAAAGGAGCUGCGCACAUGGGAAGAAGAGCUGAGUCGUGCUGCUGUGGAACAGAAGAACCAUGAAGAGCUGCUACGCAGGCGGGAGCAGGAGCUGGCAGAACGUGAGAUUGACAUCCUGGAGAGGGAGCUCAACAUCAUCAUCCACCAGCUGUGUCAGGAGAAGCCUCGAGUGAAGAAACGCAUGGGCAAGUUCAAGAGGAGCCGGCUCAAGUUAAAAGAUGGCAAUCAUAUCAGCCUGCCUUCAGAUUUCCAGCAUAAAUUCACUGUGCAGGCUUCUCCAACGAUGGAUAAAAGGAAAAGCUUGAUCAGCAGCUGCUCCAGUCCUCCUGCAAGCCCUACUAUUAUUCCCAGACUCAGGGCCAUACAGUUGACUCCUGCUGAAAGCAGUAAAACAUGGGGACGGAGCUCAGUCCUUCCGAAAGAAGAAGGAGAAGAAGAAGAGAAGAGAGGCCAAAAGAAAAAGGGACGCACUUGGGGACCAAGCUCGCUUUGCCACAGGGAGCUAGGUGCAGAAGAUGGUCUGAAAGCUCUGGUAGAAGGAUACAAACAAUGGUCAUCCAGUGCGCCAAACCUUGGCAAGAUCCAGAGAACUGCACCUGCUUUUCCAGGAUUCACCAGCUUAGCAGAGAUAGAUGAUGAAGACAGUGAAUGUCUUAAUGGGGAGGGCAAAGUGCACCCUUCACCAGGGCACAAUCAGUCAUACCUCUGCAUCCCGUUUCAGAAGAAUGAAGACUGGGAUGGCCCUUCUAGUGAUGCCAAUGAGGAGUCCACCCCCAUGAACUCUGCUACUAGUACUCCACAGUUGACACCCACCAACAGCCUCAAACGUAGUAGCUCCCACCACAAGCGAUGUGAGGUUGCGUUGCUUGGCUGUGGAGCAGUGCUGGCUGCUGCAGGCCUGGGUUUUGAUCUCUUAGAAGCAGGGAAGUGUCAGCUGCUGAUUGAGGAGGAGCCAGAGGCACCCAAGGAAGAGAAGAAGAAGCGCGACAGCAUUUUCCAGCGAGCUGGACGCCCCCGCAGGAGCACCAGUCCCCCUUCCCGGAAGAUCUUCAGGAAAGAGGACCCUAUGCUGUUGCUAGGAGAGCCAUCCACGUCCCUCACCCUGCUUUCCCUGUCUUCCAUUUCCGAAUGUAAUUCCACCCGGUCCCUGCUGCGCUCGGACAGUGAUGAGAUUGUGGUGUACGAGAUGCCUGUCAGCCCGGUGACAGUCAAGGCUCCCCUGCCAGCCAUUACCAACCCGCUAGUCAAUGUCCAGAUCGAGAGGUUCAAGCAAGACCCCCACCAGUCCCUGACUCCCACACAUGUGACAGUCUCUUCCCACACCCAGCAAAGUGGGCACAGGCGCACCCCUUCUGAUGGGGCCAUCAAAGGGAGUGGACUAGUUGUCAAUGGGUGCCCAACCAGUGGAUGCCCUUCCAGUAGCUGCUUAAGUGGAGCACUGGGAGCAGGUGUAGUAAAAACACCUAGUCCAAGUAGAGAUCCCAAUGAGGUCCCUCGCCUGCCAGACCCCAACCUUGUUUUUCCUCCAACCCCAAGACGAUGGAAUGCACAUCAGGACCCCACACUGGAGAGACCCAAGACACUGGAGUUCCUUCCCCGGCCACGUCCUGCAGCCAGCCGGCAGCGACUUGAUCCCUGGUGGUUUGUGUCACCCAGCAAUGCCAAGGGUGAAUCUUCUGCCAACAGUUCAAGUACUGAUACUCCAAGCAAUCUGGACUCUUGUUUUGCUAGUAGCAGCAGCACUGUAGAAGAGAGACCUGGACUGCCUGCACUGCUUCCUUUCCAGGUGGGUCUUCCUGUAGAGGAGCGGACACUAUUGGACAUAGAUGCUGAGGGGCAGAGCCAGGACAGCACCAUUCCGCUAUGCAGAAGUGAACUUAACACACACAAAGCUGCAGCAUAUGAACUCAAGCAAGAAUUCUGGUCUUAGUAUGAAAUCCAGUGGGGAUAGUGAGCCCCUCUAAAUUCAGUCCUACUUUUUGCACUGAGAAUGCACUUUGAAGACAGAUGAGAUGGAGGGAUGCUACAGAGAUCAUAUGGUGCUGCCUCUGCUGAAGUUGUGUUGUUCAGCUGCCUGAUUUUUGUCUGCAGUUGGAUGAAACUCGGCAACUCUGAGCUGCUGACUUUUGCUGUGGGGUUUUUCUGUAGUCUUCCCUGCCCUAUUACUGCAGUUUGAAUCUGCAACAAGCUAAAAUUACCAUAUCAAAGUCUUUGUUAUUGACCUUGUAGAAUUUGGCACUUGGAGUAAGUGUAAUGGUAUCUAUCUUGGUCCUAAUCAGUAUUUUCAAAACUCUAAUAUUACACUACAGCAGACAGCAGUGUUUGAUGUUUUCCCAAGGAGUCCAGAACAGAAACAAGUAACUAUCUGGAGACUACCUUCUCUGAAAUGUAUUCAGAUCAUUAGAUAGGCCUGGGAAUCAUGGUACUCCCACUGAAGGAGCAGAAGUAACCACUUUAGACUUGAUUGUCCUGUUUUGCUCAUGUGGCUGUGCAAGGUGGAACAGGUUGCAGAGGAAGGGCAUGGCAUCUCCACCGGGAGCAGACUAAAAAGGCUGUUGGGAACAGCAGGUGCAGAAGAUCCUGGCUUCAAGGCAGGUUGGAUGGACUUGAGGUGCUUCUCAGCCCUCUUUUCUACAUCCUUGUGCUUUCAAAAAGAUGAAGGCUUAUGGUACAGCUGUUCACUCUAGCUUGCUUUUUUGUUUCAAACUUUGGUUCUAUCGGCCUCCUUCUCCUCCCCUUGUAUUCGAGGUUCAUGGUCAAGCUGCUUCAGCUUUAGGAAGGGAAUUAGUAUGAGCUUUCUUUAAAGUUGUGUUGGCUUGCAGAAGUAAGUUAUGUGUCCACUCACGCUGGUCUCUGUGGGUUUUGUUGUUUUUUAAUUCCUGUUUUUCCUCCUUUCAUAUGCUUUUUAGAAGCAGCCCUUCAAAUUCAAGAUGCACACUGAUUCUUGUUUAAGGCUCUUCUGGAAUUGGGGCUUGUCAGGUAGUUGGACUGUGCAAACGGGAGUUAAAACAUCUGGAUUAUCAUUUUAUUUUGCCACUGACUUACUGUGUGACCUUGGGCAAAUAAUGUAACCUCUGUGCCUGAAUUUCCCCAUCUGUAAAUAAUAGGAAUAAUACCUACCUCACAGUGGGAGGGGUUGGGACAUAUGUAAUAGGUAUAAAGUCCUUUGAGAUCUUUGAGUGAAAGGCACUAUAAACAUGUGAAAGUUUAUUCCUGUGCACAUAUGUGAAAGGUCCUAACUGGAGCAAGAACAGACCCCUGUCUUGAAGGAGGAGGUCAGACAAAUAGGGGCUGCUGAUGCUCACGGCUUUCUGUACAGAGACUGGAAGUGCCCAUGCCGCUACAGGUAUUCCUUACUGGCUUCAGUCAGAGCUUCAUCCUUCCACACUUCCAGCGCUAUAGAUCAGGGAUGUGGCCUUCAUAUGAGUGUAACAGGGCAGUUUGCAUUAUUGUGAGCAGCAUAUCUGUUCACUGGUUUUGUGCAGAUCUGUGCUUACCUUGCUAACCUACAGACUGGAUGUGAACACCUGGUUUGACAGUGCUGUCAAUGCAGUGCUCAGCCUGCUAGGGCAGUCCAGUCCUGUUGGAAAGCAGCGUAGCCAAAUACUUUCUUGCAGCCGUUAGCACAGAGAGUUUGUGUUAAAAAACAGCAUGUGUGGGGAAGUACUGUACUUAAGGCUUUUUUAUCUUUUGAGGGCUAAACCAAACAUGUCACCAUUAGUCAAGUGCACCCUUUUUUCAAGCCAUGACAGUAUGUUCUCAUGUACAAUGGUCACACAUUUCUUGUUUGUCGCAUUCCAUGAACAGUAUUGAAUGGCAUAGUUACUUUUUGUUGCCUUCCUCUGCGUGCUGCAGAACUAGCCUUAUGCCAUUCAGUAUUUUUCAUGGAAUGUGACAAACAAGCUGCUGAAGCUGGACAGACUGUUGACUCUGUAGGCAAGGUAUUUUUGUGUGAGGCUAACACACUUUAAAAAGAAAACUUAGACUUCUUUGUUAAAAGCAGAGCUUUAAGCAUUAUAUACUUCUUAAGCAUUCAUCCAUAUGUUUUCCAUUUCUUAAUAGUCAGUUUGUGAUCUAGAAACUAAUAAACCCCAAACAAACAAAAAAGAUAACCUCCAUCCAAGCAGAUCUUUCCUUUUGGCUCUUCUACAGAAGCCAACUCAAGGAAAACCUGGCCAGAGGCUCUGUCAGAGGUACUUAAAAGCAGCAGAUUACAACUAUUGACUUUUCAUAGUCUCCCUUAUUGCUUUAAAAAGUCUGGAGCAAAACUGGAUCAGCUGUUCUGAAAUGCAGUACUUUCUAUCCAUUACAAAUGUCAUAGGAAUCAUCAUCUGCUCUGCAAAGACAUUGCCUGGAAUAGCUCCAUUUAAAAAGAAAUAUUUUAAAUCAAUUUACUUGUGUGAAAUAGGAAGUUACCUUUCUAGGGCACAUUGUUUAAACUUGGCCUACUAAACUUUCUGAUAGUUGGCCAGUUGAUAGAAUCAUAGAGACAGUCAGGGUUGGAAGGGAACACAAGGAUCAGCCAGUUCCAACUCCCUUGACAUGGGCAGGAACACCCUACCUUAGAGCAGGCUGCCCACAGCCUCAGCCAGCCUGGCCUUAAACACCUCCAGCCAUGGGGCCUCAACCACCUCCCUGGGCAACCCAUUCCAGCCUCUCACCACUCUCAUGCUCAACAACUUCCUCCUCACCUUCAUGCUGAAUCUCCCCACCUCCAGUUGUGCUCCAUUCCCCCUAGUCCUGGCACUUCCUGACAGCCUAAAAAGUCCCUCCCCAGCUUUUUUGGAGGCCCCCUUCGGAAACUGGAAGGCCACAAGAAGGUCACCUGGGAGCCUCCUCUUCUGCAGCCUGCACAGCCCCAACUCUUUCAGUCUAUCCUCACAGCAGAGCUGCUGCAGCCCUCUGAGCAUCCUCGUGGCCCUGCUCUGGACACGCUCCAGCACAUCCACAUAUCUCUUGUAAUGGGGGCUCCAGAACUGGAUGCAGUUCCGCUCAUGAAAUCCACUGUAAAGUUUCUGUUGAGUUCUCAGCAGGCAAGAGAGCUGUAAAGCCAAGCUGUUCUGUCACCUCUUCAGCUUGGCAAAGCUGAGGGUGAAGUAUCAAACCCCCGUUCCCCAUUUCAGAUGAUCACUUGGUCAGACAUACAACACUUUCACCUAUUGGAAGUACUCUUCUCCAAAGAGCAUUUUCCCUGACACCAAAUGGACGUUGCUGCGUCAAAAGAACUCAGUUGGGCAAAUCACAAAGUAACAAGAUCAGGAUCUUUGCCCUGGAUGAAGCUGCCAGAAAUACCAGGUAGAAGCAUAAUAUUUGGAGUUUUUAAAUACACACCUUGGAUGCAGUUAUCUUCAUUGAAUCUAGCUUGUGAAAUAAAACAAGGUAGUCUUUGAGCCCAUGACUGUCUCCAGCAGGGAGCCCUGUGGCUAGCCUGAGAGACGAGAGUCUGUUGUAAGAAGAAGGCUGUUGGCUUUAGCAAGCAGUGGGAGCAGUGUUUUUGGCAAGGCAGAGGGGGCUCUCAAGGCAAAGCAUUGUCUGGUACUUUACCUCAUGGAUCCCAAAAGCUGAUGCAACUGGUGUCCUGAGGCCCGGAGGAUAUGUGCACGUUUAAGUUAGCUCUCCCUGUGUCCCUAGAGGUGUUUAAGAAAAGCCUGGAUGAGGCACUUAGUGCCAUGGUCUAGUUGACUGGCUAGGGCUGGGGGAUAGGUUGGACUGGAUGAUCUUGGAGAUCUCUUCCAACCUGGUUGAUUCUAUGAUUCUGUGGAUCCCAUCCUGGCUUGAUUUAGCUCCUUUCUUAGUCUGUUGCCCUUUUUCAGUCCCUCUUGUGGGAGUGGAGGUGUUCCAAAUCUCCGAAGGAGUGCAUGGCUGUGGUACACUGGAUACUGAGGAGAUAGGAACCUGUCAGCUCAACACAUUAAUUUUAUUUCCUCCCUGCUGGUUAGUGGUGUUCCCAUUUGUCAGGGAGGUGUGGAUUUCAUCAUGUCCAUUAGCAUACUUUUCUAGCAGUGUUCCUGAGGAAGAUGGUGAAAAUCUUGCUGUUAAAAAAAAACCCAACAACUUACAAAUGUGUUUGUUCCCAAAUACCUGAAUAAGGGGAGACCUUAUUGCUGUCUACAACUACCUGAGGGGUGGUUGUGGCCAGGAGGAGGUUGCUGUCUUCUCUCAGGUGGCCAGCACCAGAACGAGAGGACACAGCCUCAAGCUACGCCAGGGGAAAUUUAGGCUGGAGGUGAGGAGAAAGUUCUUCACUGAGAGAGUCAUUGGACACUGGAAUGGGCUGCCCAGGGAGGUGGUGGAGUCGCCGUCCCUGGAGCUGUUCAAGGCAGGAUUGGACGUGGCACUUGGUGCCAUGGUCUAGCCUUGAGCUCUGUGGUAAAGGGUUGGACUUGAUGAUCUAUGAGGUCUCUUCCAACCUUGGUGAUACUGUGAUACUGUGAAGUUGCCCCCCUAUAUUUUUGUUUGUUCUUUUUUAGAACUAGAAAAAGGUAAAACAUGAGAUUACAAAAUCACUGAGCAGUCUAUAGUAAAGAAUGAGUAAAAUAUGUCAAGGUCAUUAUAGGGCUCACAAAGAGGAAGUGGCAGGUUUUUUAACUGGUAGUUUGAGCAGUGAGAUUUCUGGUCUGGAAAUACAUGCAUUCUCUUUGAAAUAAUCAUCUGUCAGAAUGUAUCACUAAUUAAAUUAACUCAUGGACUGGUUUAGAAAGUAGAAGAAAAGCUUUCAGGCCUUCAAAAUAUGCUCCCCUUGUAUCCUGCUUGUUUCUCCUAUGAAACUGGGGAGAAAGCAGAGAUAGCAACCAGUGCAAAAAAAUUACAUAUUUUGGAAUACAUUUCUACUGGUUUCAGUGGAACUGAGUGUGGGAUGGGUAGAGAGAAGAAAGCUGUUUGUCAGAACUGAUGUCAUAAUAGUUAUGGAUUGUUUUCUGAUAUGGUUGCUUCCUGUGGAUUGCACAACACUGUUUUGCUAGAUUUUAGGUCUUUUCAGUUUCUUUCAGAGGUGUUAUGAUGGUUUGGGUGUUACACGACCCCUCACUCUUAUGAAAUCACCCAGACUAGACUCAGACAAGCUGGAAAUUAGAAUGAAGCUUUAUCUUUACAGCUUAGCACAAUAUACAAGCAGAUAUUUACAAUAUAUAUAUAGCUAUAGACAGAAAUACACAAGGGAAACAGUAAUACAGAAACACAGCAGCCCUCCCAGAAACCAGAGUCCCUAGGAGGGGCUCCCAACCACCCUUCCACCUCCUUUCCACCCCUCUACCUUAUCCCAGAGUUUGCCUUAUGUGCAAGGUGAGUUUGGAGAGUCAGCCAGGGGGGUUAGGAAGCAGAAGGAUUAGUUACACAGACAGCAGGUUAGGGAGAGAAAGGAGACAGCCAGAGCCCAAGAGAACAACUCUGUUAUCUAUAUUUAUGUUCUUGUUUUUAUACAUCUCAGCAAGCCUGUGAGUGCAGCAAAUAUCACUGUUAUUUCCUUUUCACAGCCUAUCAUCUAAUUCUUAUCACCAAAAUAAUCCAGAUAGCUUCAAACUAGCACAGGUGUGAAUGUAACUUUUGCUAGGGUUUUUUUGUUUUGUUUGUCUGGUUUGGGUUUAUUUUGUUUCUCUGCAUAUUACUCUUGCAGUGGCUUGAUACUCAGUAUGGGACAGGGAACCUCAGUGAAAACAUUCUUUUUGUAGUGUGUUUUUUUUUUAACAAAAUGAGUAUUUUCCAAGAGAAGUUUUCAUUACUGAUGUGGAAAGACCUGUUGUGUUUUGGUGUGCUUUCACUGUGCAGUUUUCUGUACCUCUAGGUAAGGGAGUAGUUGCCUUCCUCUUCAUAGCAUGCUGUUAGUUUAAGCCUGCAGGGACAGUGCUGCCUAGAGAUGUCACUUCAAUCUGUCAUGAGGCUGAUACCUCUCAUUCUGUUGAAGGUGAAGCAGUCGCAGCCAAUUAAAGAAGUCUUUGCCAUCUGGAGUGUUCUGUUGAAUAGAAAAUGACAGGAAACCUUCUAUCAUGAGUCACCUUUUUAUCUCAAGCUUUAUUUGAAACUUAACUUCUCUCUGUAGGAUGAAUAUGGGAGCUGGAGUCCCAUUAGCUAUAUGGAGCCAACCCAAAUACUGUAUCUGAAAAUUCAUUGAUAGCCUGGUACAUUUGUAAGGGUUUUUUUAAGCCAAUACUAAUGAGUUUGUUUCUUUGUUGGUUUUUUUUUAAGCCAUUCUUUGUAAAAGUACUUACUGCUUUCUAACUUCUCCCAUGUGUCUUUGAAAUAUUCUCAAGAUCUCUUACCAAGUCAUAGAAUCAUAGAAUCAGUCAGGGUUGAAAGGGACCACAAAGAUCAUCUAGUUCCAACCCCCCUGCCAUUCCCAGGGACACCCUACCCUAGAGCAGGCUGCCCACAGCCUCA